UCAUCACCUUUCCUGUCCCUCACCACGUAGCUGAGCCGUCGGCUCUCAACAUGUUUCCCCAGUGCUCGUGAGGGAUGAAGUUUUGUCCUUCAAACCAAGGCGGCUGUAGGCGAUAUCCGGUGCCUGGCGAAAAGCAGUCGCAAGUAUGUGCUCGUGCUCUAACGUCAUCGAUGGGGGAGUCGUCACAGCCCGUCACUGGCUCAAGUCUGGACCGAAGAUAAGAAAGCACUGAUCGAGUCUCCCGCCGGCCAGAACUCUUCCUCUCGCCCUUCAAAAGUGUGCGUUUUUCGAUAGCAGGAUCCCGUCUUCAGCAUGAAAUACGUUCGCCUUGGAAACAGCGGCCUGAAGGUCUCUCGUAUCAUUCUUGGUUGCAUGAGCUAUGGAUCCCCGGAGUGGCAGAAAUGGGUGCUUGAAGAAGAAGAGUCUCUCAAGCACAUAAAGACUGCAUACGAUGCGGGUAUCAACACUUUCGACACUGCCAACACUUACAGCAACGGUGCAUCCGAGGUGAUCUUGGGCAAAGCGAUUAAGCAGUUCAAUCUCCCGAGAGACGAAAUUGUGGUCAUGACCAAGGAAAGUGAAAUCUUCGCAUCACAGGGCGCGUUCAUAAUUCUACGCCUUGCUCUCCUGCAGGUCUUCUUCCCCUGUGGCCGUCAGCCCAGCGAUCUGGCGGCUUAUCUCCCGAACUUCGAUGAGGGUGGAUACGUCAACCAGCACGGUCUCAGUCGCAAGGUCAGCUUGUCGUUCAUCGGGGUAUUAAGUCUCACACUACGCGUGCAGCACAUCUUCGAUUCUGUCAAGCACAGUCUUGAGCGCCUUCAGCUCGAUUAUAUCGACGUUUUGCAAUGUCAUCGUUUCGAUAAAGACACCCCGAUUGAAGAGACUAUGCAAGCUCUGCACGAUGUUGUCAAAGCGGGAUACGUGCGGUACAUCGGGAUGUCCUCUUGCUGGGCUUGGCAAUUCAGUAUCAUGCAGAAUUAUGCGAUCCAGAACAAUCUUACCCCUUUCAUUUCGAUGCAAAACCACUACAGCAUGGUGUAUCGCGAGGAAGAGCGCGAGAUGAUGCCCACUCUGAAAUCGGAUGUAUCCCCUGGUCACCACUUGCACAGAGAAUCCCACUUUCAGACGACAUCCGAUCCUGACGUUUCUGCAGUAGAAGAAAUCGCAAAGAAGAAAGGGAAGACGAUGGCUCAGAUUGCCUUGGCUUGGGUGCUGGCAAAGGAUGCUGUCACGGCACCCAUCGUCGGUUCGACUUCAUUGAACAAUCUCGGCGAGCUGUUUGCUGCCACCGAGAUCGAAUUGAGCAAGGAAGAAGUCGAGUACCUCGACGAGCCUUACCAGCCAGGAAAAGUAAUCGGACACUCAUGAGUAUUGUUCAAAUACGUCUCCGUGUCAAAAUGUAUAAUCUAAAUUCGUAUAUGUACACAAUUCAUGUGCCAACGUCAAUCUGGAUAUGUCUAAGAAUGGUUUCC